UUGGCUUCCUUGCCACCCAGUAGACGAGGAUGGUCCCCCGGUGCAACGGCGGGCUGCUGGUGAUCCUGGCGGUGGUUGGGGCGGCGUUACUGAAUGAGGUGUCCAGCUUGGGCAGGAAUGGGCGCCCUCGUGUGGACCUCAACGCUCGGAAAGAGUACUACAGGCAGAGGUUGACGGAUGGGUGCAUCCAGCGCCCUCCGCCUCCAAAUCCUCCCCCACUCCCGACGGUACCCAACUCCUUCAUCACGGACCUCGAGAUCGCUUUUCAGCAGGAAGACCAGCAGAGAAUUCUCUACGGCAAGGAAAUGUAUGACGGCGUUGUGAAGAGAGGCGUGCUGGAUUACCGCUUAACUGCGGGUAUCGUGCUAACACGACCCUACUUACUGUCGGAAGUGAUCCACUACAACGUGCCCAUCGACGAGGCUCUCUUCGUCCUUACCAAUGAGGGAUGCUCCGUCACCGGGCAGGAAAACUGCGAUACUACCAAGUUAUGCAUUGCUAAAAAGAUCAAGGAUGUUAGUUUGGAACUGCAGGAAUUAUUUGGGUUUGUGGCUGUGGCCGGGGAGAGCGGGUUCAUGGGCGCCACGGGCAUCCUGGAGUUCGGGCCGCAGUUCAACUACACUGCGAUGGAGCUCGUGCAGGACUGCCAUGGAAUCGACUGCGACGUGUUUGAAACUUGUCUGGAUAAGCCUGAAGAGGGAGUGUCCGUCAUGUAUACUUACUAUUGGUCUAAUAAAGAGUGGAACUUGCAAAAUAACAAGGAACCAGUGCCAAUAGCCGUCGAGAUCUAUGCCAAUGGCGCGGUUGCCGGCCACACCGACGGGGAAAUUAUGGUGCGAUAUGAUUUCUUUGACUUUCGACGAGAGUUUCGUCCAUCGCGUUAUGUCCUUGAGCCUCCACAGGACGUUUAUUGCACCGACAGGAAGACCUACCUUAGUCCUCCAAAGACCGUCCAAUCCUUCAGCUACAAAUCAGAACACAUCACUGGUGUGGACAUCCCUUUUCCAAGCGGAGAUAAUGAUACAUUUCUCUUACGUUUCCGUGGAAUAUUUCCUAAAGAUGAAUGGUACGACUGGGACACGAGGAUCACUCGCAUGGACUACACUCCCUUCUACGUUAUAAGAAACGAACGUCGCUUCGAGAACUUCACCAGACGAAUACACGACUUUAAUCAAGGUUUGGCCUACAUAAUCAAGCCAAGACUGAACUUCUGCAACAUCACCAAAAUCGAAAAUGUGACAAGUUGGGGAGACGUGAUGGUCGGGGAAGACGGCUCCGUUUUCAUGCAGAGUCCCUGGAACUACGAGGACCUUGACGAGCCCAUGCAGUACAAUGGCGUUCACUGGGAGCGCGGCUUAGAAACCGAUGUUUGGGUCGGCGUCAAGAAGAAUCCGCAUCUCGGAAUUAAAGAAAAUUACGUUUGGUACUUUGCCUCGCCUUUGACCAAUGAAAUAUUAGGACGCCAAGGGCCUAAACUACCAAGCUUCCAAACACUCGACAAGGUCCCAGUAAAAUUGGAAAAAUACAUUUCACUGAUGGAGGGGUUACCGCACGUCAUCUACAACAUCUACGACUACAACUCCGAGGUGCCCCACACGCACAAGCACGACGUGUCGCUCUGCUUCUCCCCCAGUCAGAUGAGGCACUUCAAGUUCGACCUCCCGGCUAACUCGCUCAACAAAACCUUUUACCUCAGAGAGAACGUAAAGUACGCGACGAUGCAAACGCUCGCCGAAGCUGCCAAAGUUACGCCCAUAAGAAUUAAUCGCCUGGAGAUAAACGAGACAUCUGCGGCUCUGGAGGUGACGUUUACUGUCCUGGAGAAGCCGUCGAUCGUGGGUGACGUGCCGGGCGCCGGGAUGGACAGCAGCAUGGACGAGGCGGUGGAGCUCAUCCGGGCCACCCUCGACUCAUCUCAGCUGGUUGUCCAGGUCAAGAUCAGCGUAGGAAUCGGGGGCCUGGUCAGUGCUUGGUUACUUACACGUAUAUAUAAUACGAAGAUUUGUCUUUAUAUAUCUGUUAACCCAUCUAGCCAUUUGUGUUCCUCUCUCUCUCGAUAA